AUGGUCACGACCUGCUCCCUGUUCGGUCACUGCGAGAGCAGCGGGGAGAUCCUCAACAACUGCUGCGUGAUGGAGUACCACCAGGCCACCGGGACGCUCAGCGCCCACUUCCGCAACAUGUCCCUGAAGCGGAUCAAGCGCUCGGACCGCCGCGGGGCCGAGUCGGUGACAGAGGAGAAGUUCACUAUCCUCUUUGAGUCGCAGUUCAGUGUUGGUGGCAACGAGCUGGUCUUCCAGGUGAAGACACUCUCCCUGCCCGUGGUGGUGAUCGUGCACGGGAGCCAGGACAACAACGCCACGGCCACCGUGCUCUGGGACAACGCCUUCGCCGAGCCCGGCCGCGUCCCCUUCGCCGUGCCCGACAAGGUGCAGUGGCCGCAGCUCUGCGAGGCGCUCAACAUGAAGUUCAAGGCGGAGGUGCAGAGCAGCCGUGGGCUGACCAAGGAGAACUUGGUGUUCCUGGCACAGAAGCUCUUCAACAGCACCAGCUCCCACCUGGAGGACUACAGCAGCACCACGGUGUCCUGGUCCCAGUUCAACCGGGCUCACGCAGCCAAGGAGCACCGCAAAGCCCCGCGGAGCGCCCCGCAGCCGGGGGACCUGCCCUCCGCGUGGCCGGCCGAGAGGAUGUUCUGGAACCUGAUGCCUUUCACCACCAGGGACUUCUCCAUCCGGUCCCUGGCCGACCGCCUCGGGGACCUCAGUUACCUCAUCUAUGUGUUCCCUGACCGGCCCAAGGAUGAGGUCUUCUCCAAGUACUACACGCCGGUUCUCUGUGAGUCCACGCCAG